AUGGGCUGGACAGGCACGUGGCCCCCACCCCCACCUCCACCUCUGCUGGAGAUAAGUCGUUUUUUUCGACCCGACCCCAGUGGGCUAGCUUUCUACACCAUGACGCUUUGGCAAGUGUGCGUGGGCACCAGGGGCCCCAUCCCCAGAAAGUCCCAAAGCCCUUGGCACGCCCCAGUGACCCCAAGUGGGCAACUGCUACAGCAGUGGGUCCCACCCAGGCAGACACUGCCAGCCUCCUCCCCCUGCAACGGGCACCAGCUCUACCUCCCUGAGCAGGGCAACGCCCUGGCUCCUCAGCCCAGCACCAUCUGUCCCCCUAGACUUCUCAGGGGCCAGCCCAAUCUCGGCCACCCUCUCCCUAGCCCUCAGCUCCUGUGCAGGUGA